AGUCAGCUGUGCAAAGUGUCAUGUUGUCGCGUCGCGUCGUACCGACCCGUGGGAAGUGGCCUAAAUUAUGCCCUCUACAGAAUCUUGAUAUUUAAAUCAAUAAUGUGCUAUAGAUAAUUUUAAAUAAUGUUUACUUUUGUUUAAAUUAUAAAACAAAGUAAAUAGUAGAAAGUGAUCAUAGUUAUGCCAUAUGAAUAUCUGAUUCCUUUGUGCUGAAGUGUUCUGUAACAUAAAAAGUGCCUCUUUGAAGUUAACCAUAGUGUAUGUGUUGUGUGCCGUGGUCGUCAUGGCUACGCUCAUCCAAGAAAAUGGUAUUAAGUUAAGUAAAGGCACACAUGGUGUAGUGCAAAAUCGUGGCAUAUCCUCACACACUGUUCCAAGUCACAUGGUGCCAGACCAUGAGUAUUGCGAGGCGGGCACAGCCAGCGCACCGCAGCCACAGUGCGCCGACACGGGCGACGCGGUGGCGCCGCUCGUGCCCGUCGAAGAAGAAGAGGAUACACCUGAAAUAGAUAUAAUGAUAAACAAUGUCGUGUGCAGUUUUAGUGUUAAGUGCCACCUGAACCUUAGACAGAUAGCAUUAAACGGUGUUAACGUAGAAUUUCGUCGUGAAAACGGAAUGGUAACCAUGAAGUUACGGCGUCCAUACACAACUGCAUCGAUCUGGUCAUCAGGUCGAGUGACGUGCACGGGCGCCACCAGCGAAGACCAGGCCAAGAUCGCAGCGCGGCGAUAUGCGCGUGCACUUCAGAAGCUCGGCUUCCAAGUUCGUUUUCGCAACUUCCGCGUAGUCAAUGUAUUAGGCACCUGUCGGAUGCCCUUCGGUAUAAGGAUCAUAUCUUUUUCCAAGAGAUACAAAGAAGCUGACUAUGAACCAGAGCUUCACCCAGGAGUUACGUAUAAGUUAUUUAAUCCUAAAGCCACACUUAAGAUAUUCUCAACUGGAGGUGUGACUAUCACAGCCCGCAGCGUUAGUGACGUGCAGUCGGCGGUGGAGCGCAUCUUCCCGCUGGUGUACGAGUACCGCAAGCCGCUGACGGCGGCGGACGAGGAGCUGCUGCGGCAGAAGCGCGCGGCCCGGGCGGGCGCGCCGGCGCCUGCGCCCCCGCCCGACGACGACCCCAUGCACCUGGUGACGCUGUCCGACGACGACAAGGACGCCUGGGAAUGA